AUGAAACAAACGCUCAAGGCCAUGAUUCUUGAAGUCAACAACACCUUUGACGAACGAAGAAUGUACCUCUUGCAGCAAGCCGCUUCUGAAAGUGGCAGCAAGUUCAGGAACAGUUGGAAGAAGGACUUCCACGUCAGUCCGUUCAAUGAUCGAGAAGGAGGAUACUUACUCGUGGCCAUCGACCCAUUUGCCCGUAUGAAAUCCUCAAGCGAUGGUACAGCGGCUUCUAUCGAUAACACUAUCACCCUGUCGUCGCCAGCCCCUGACACAAAAGCAAAACUUGUGGCUCGUGUCAACUCUAUUGCUCCUCCCAUCGAUCCUACUCGGCUGUCUUCGAUAGAGAAAGCCAAGUUCAUGCUCAGAUGGUGCUGGUCGGGCUUCCUAACGAAUCCGCGGAUCUUGGUUGAGGCCCGUGUGCUAUGGACGAAGAAGAAACUGCAGCUGUUCUAUCGUCCAGAAGUCAAUACUGGAAGCAUCGGCAGACAAGAGAGCCAGGAAGAAGUCAUCCUAGAAAGGGCCUUCAGACAUUGGUUGACCGCGGUUGCUGAGGAGAGUAACAUCACAGUUGCAUACACAAGCGCGGCUGGAGUUCAGCGCGGUCACAGGCAUGCGCUACCUGGCAACCGAAGACUCCCUCUGACACUUGGGCCGGACGAGGCCGAUUUCGACUUAGAGGUGCUCACGCCGGAAUGGUACGCGGAGCUCGCGCGGGCUCGGGACUUGAGAGAGACUUUUGCGAGGAGGUAUUCCGCGGCACAAAGUGGAGACAGGAUGGUCAUCGUCAACAACUACGGACAGACGAUCUUGAAAGGAGGCUUGGACCGCGCCAUCGAAAGGCGAAGAACACGGACAAAUUCCAGCGUACAGGAGACCAUGCGACGCGCAGCUGCUGAUCAUCUGCGAUCAGGCAAGAAUCUACUAAGCUGCAUCAUAGCCACGUUUGUGCAGCCUUUGAUUCGCCCUGUCGAAUCAACCGGAGAUUCUUGCCUGACGUUGAGCGAUUUCAUGGAUCUUACUGAGGUUGAUGGAAGGCACGAAAUCGAGUGGGCAGCUAUCAUAGUGCUACUCGCAGACCGGCUGGCUUUGGGGUUCACUGGCCUUCUCAAAUGGUACGCGAAGCUGAGCUGGUACGGGUUGAUCUUCAUCGUGGUGCACCAACUCAAAAGAGUCAUCGUUGCCUGA